UGGGAUCAUUGAAUUUUAUCUUAGCAUUAAGAAUGCUGAAAAUCAAGCAGAAGCAGCAGCUUAAGAAAUUUAAGCAGCAGCAGAGGCACAUGCAAAAGAUGUCUGGAACAGCCCAGUUAGAUCCUCACGGACAAGGAGCACCAGUUGCUUCACUCCCUUAUUCCCCUGAUUGUCGUUUUCCUCAGCAGUCUCAACAGAGGCAUGUGCAUUCUGGAAGACGACCACCAGCACCAAAUGCUUCUCCCCUUCUUGCUUCAAUCAGACCAUGCCAUAAUCCCAUGCUGCAACAGUGUGGGCUCAUGCACACAAUGCCAGAUAUGUCAUUCAGUCACACCGAGCUGGUGUCAAGAGCAUUUCUAGAGGGAGGAGUCAGGCAGUCUAUUCUUGGGCCUCCUCCUAUAGGCGUUCCAGUAAGAGACCUCUGCAUGAACUUUGUGGCUGAUCGUUGUCCCCACCCAUGUGGAUCACACAUCAGUAGAGAGCCUACAGUGCAGAGCCUAGACAGAAAGAAGGAGAAUGUAUACUUAAUCACUGCACCUAAAACCCUGCGUCUCGAUGCUUCAGAAAAUGUUGUGGUGCAGUUGUUUGGUUAUGACCAGGAAAUUAUAGUAAAUCUUUACCUGAAGAACACACUGGCACCAGGUUAUAAAGAAUAUGCAUCUCAGUCCCUGAAGCUCAACGCCGCGAAUAACUAUCAAGCUUCGGCUACUUUACGGAUCAUGCCUAUAGAUUUCCCAAACGCGGACAGAUAUGUCUACCUCCAGGCGAUUUCCUCUGCUUUCACUGCAUUUGAAAAAAUCCCUGUUACUCCUGUCAACGGGUUUCUCUUUAUUCAGACUGACAAGCCGCUAUACACACCCGAACAAGAGGUACAAGUGCGUGUUUACUCCCUCAACGAGGAGCUGAGGAAAUCUAGACGGACCGUCACCCUUACAUUCGUGGACCCUGAUGGUAUCAAGGUAGAGAUUAUUGAUAUGGCAGACAUCAAUGGAGCAAAACCACUUCUUCCACCAUUCAAAAUACCUUUAAAGCCGACUUAUGGAAUAUGGAAAAUUGAGGCCACCUAUGCCGACACUUUUAAAACAACUGCCACUGCUGAGUUUGAGGUCAAAGAAUACGUGCUGCCCAGUAUUUCAAUCCACAUUGAGCCUGAAUCCAACUAUAUCAGCGAAGAGAACUUUGAGUCUUUCCAGCUGAAGAUUUCAGCCAAGUAUGUCCAUGGAACUCCAGUUAGUUUGGCGGAUAUGUUCUUGAUGUUUGGAUACAGUUCUCCAGAAGAAACCGUCAUGAUACCAGCAACAUAUACAAGAUAUAUGCUGAUAAAUGGAAAGGAAGAAGUCAACUUAAACAUCAAGACAGCUUUGUCAUCCAUGCCCAAUGGGCCUCAACGUCUGAGUGACAUGAAAGAAAACAGCUUUCUUCGUGUGACAGUUUUACUGCAAGAGACAACUGGUGGUAUCUCCCAGGAGGCAGAGCUCUCAAGUGUAAAAUUUGUAGAAACUCCGUUUACCCUGAGUCUGAGCGCAACCCCUCCUUUCAUAAAACCGGGUCUACCAUACGGCAUGAGAGUCUUGGUGAAGGAUCCUUUGGGUAAACCAGUGAAAGGUGUGUCAGUCAAGAUAAGGGCAACAAUAACUACAGCUGACAAUGAACUGGAGGACUUCAAAUUUUUAGGGCACCAGGAUACAAUGACAGUGAUGAGUCGGGGAGAUGGAAUUGCUUACUUCAUCUGUAACAUACCUGAUAAAGUGAAAGAAGCUGAAUUCACUUUUGAGACAGAAGAUCCACGUUGGAGUCAGGCUCCACUCAAACUAAAGGCUGAAUCAUAUAUUUCUGUCAAUCAUCGUUACCUGUACAUCGAUUUACAUCCUGACUCCUCGGUAGUUGAAGUUGGACGGUACAUUAACAUCGAUGUUUUCUUUCAUUAUCGUGACUACCUUUCUCUGAAGACUUUCAGCUACCAGAUUAUUUCCAGAGGAAAAGUUGUGAAUUUUGCCACAGUUAAGCGUGUCAGUGAAAAGAGACAGAGCCUUAACAUUAAGAUCACCUCUGACAUGGUGCCGUCUGCUCGGCUUCUGGUGUACUACGUCCUGCAUGGAGAGGAAAAAGCGGAACUGGUGGCAGACUCUGCGUGGAUUGAUGUGAAGGCUAAAUGUGUUAACAAUUUAAAUGUGGACAUAUCAACUCUCAACUCACAGUAUAAACCCAAAGAUAAACUUGAAUUAAGAGUGUCAACUAAAACUAAAGAGGAGUCACUCGUGGCUUUUUCUGCUGUAGAUACGGCCUUGUACAACCUAAAAUCUAACGACAAAGACCCUCUAAAAAAGGUGCUACAACAUGUUGAGCGAAGUGACUUGGGUUGUGGAAGAGGAGGAGGCAAAAAUAAUGCUGAUGUGUUGGACCGUGCUGGCCUUAUGUUCAUCACCAACUCAAACGCCAAGGCCCCUAGUGCAGGGGGGGCCUGCUCAGACAUAGUUAGGCAAAAACGUUCACCUGUACUGGGGCAAAGUUUUGAAGCAAAGGCCCAAACGUAUGGGAUGUCCAAGAAUUGCUGCACAUCUGGGACACGCAGUAGCCCUACGCUUGAAACCUGUGGAGAUCGUUCUAGGAGAUUGUCUUUUUCUGCAAAUCUUUCUGAGCUCUUGAAGAAAAGGUGCCAGCGUGCCUUCUUGGAAUGCUGUGAAUUUGCUAUGAAGCUCCGUAAAGAGAAUGCGGAUAGAAUAAUUCUAAGUCGUGGAGCAAUCGACUUUCUGCUGGAUGUGAUGCCAUCUCAGAUUAGGAGCUACUUCCCUGAGAGCUGGUUAUGGGAGGAACACACCAGCAAGUCUGGGUCAGUAAGCAUUACCAAAAAUCUUCCAGACUCACUGACUACAUGGGAGCUGAAAGCAGUUGGGGUAUUCAGUGAGGGGAUCUGUGUGUCAGAUGAAAAGGUUCAGGUGUCCCAGGACAUUAGUGUGGAUAUACCCUUGCCUUAUUCCAUGGUUCGUGGAGAGCAGAUUGAGCUCAGGGGUUCAGUCUACAAUCAGCGUUCUUCAAAAACUCAGUUCAUUGUGACCCUGACGGCAACAGAGGGAGUGUGUGUGUUUCGUGGAACUCAACAGGGGAAACGUGGAAAGCCAAAUGAAAACAAAGGGCAUAUCCAAGCCCGGUCAGUGGCUUUGGUCACGUUCUACAUCAUGGCCUUGGAAGCGGGCACUCAUACGCUCACUUUCACUUUAACAACUGAGUGGGGGACUGAGAGUGUGGUCAAGAAAUUGAAAGUGGUGCCAGAGGGAAUUAGAAACGAAAUACAAAGUGGUGGAAGAAUAGAUCCAAAUGGAGUCUUUGGCACUUCUAUGCGAAAACUUGAAUUAAAAAAUGUCAUUCCACCAAACAUUGUGCCCAAGUCAACUGUGGAUCGUAUUCUAACAGUUAAUGGUGAAGUACUGGGAGAGCUUUUGUCAAUAAUAAAUAACCCAGAAGGUUUAAAACAGUUGACUAACCUGCCAAGGGGAAAUGCAGAGAUGGAGCUCAUGAGUCUCCUACCGAUCUACUAUGUCUACCACUUCCUAGACAAGACAGAGAAAUGGGACAUUUUGGGGAAAGAGUCAGCAGCAAGUGAAAAGGAAUUAAAACGGAAAAUGCAAGCUGGCAUCACCAGCAUGAUGUCAUAUAAGCUGAAGUAUGAACAUGGUUUCAGCAUGUGGUCGAACAAGGACAAAUCACCUAGUACCUGGGUGACGGCUCUUAUAGUCAAGACUUUUGCUGACAUGCAUGAAUAUGUCUCUUUGGAGUCUGAAGUGCUGAUCAACGGCAUUUACUGGCUGAUUAAAAAUCGUCAGAAUCGUGAUGGCUCGUUCUUUGAGAAAUCACAAAACAAUCCACUUAAACUCAUGGGUGCCGGAGCAGAUGUCACUGAAAAGACAGUCUUCCUCACUUCUUUUGUCAUGAUUGGAAUUAAAAAUGCUCUGAAGGUCCCAAAUGUUAACAUACUGGCCUUUAAAAAUGCUUUAGAUCAUGCCACGGAGUACCUCUCCUCUAAGUCAAAGAAGAUUGAAAGUUUAUAUGUUAGAGCCAUUGCAUCCUAUGCUCUGACACUGGUAGACAUCAAUAGUAUGCCGGCAAUCGGCCUUUAUGAAAAAAUCAAACAGCAGGCUCAAGUUAAAGGGAACCCAGCCACAAUUCGUUUCUGGGAAGACUCUAAAUAUAACAAGGAUUCAUUAAAACCCAGUGGUGCGACAUCAAAGACCGUGGAAACAACAGUUUAUGUCCUGCUUAACUCUUUAGUCAGAGGUGAUUCCACCUAUGCAAAGCCAAUCCUGAACUGGUUAACACAAGACCAGAGAUACGGAGGGGGCAUUUUCUCAACACAGGACAGCAUUCUCACUUUGGAGGCCCUUACCAAGUAUAGCCUCUUAGCCAGUCAAGCCACCUUAGACAUGGUGGUUGACAUUGAAUACAAGACUAAAGGUGACAUCAGCAGAAUCAAACUAACUCAGCAAAAGCCUGUGGCUAAACCAAUAGCGGUGAUUAAAAAUGAUGAUAUAAUAAUCAAAACAGCAAUGAGCUCUGGUGUUUCAUUUGCCAAACUGAGAACAGUUUACUAUGGGAUGACAGAGAGCAAUGGAAAUUGCCAAUUUAAUAUAUCAAUUGACAUUCAUGACCGUGUCCCAUAUUCAGAUGAUCCUAUGCUUUUGUCACAGCGGAUUGUGGCCUGUGCAAAAUACAAACCACAUGAAAAUGCGAUUGAAACUGAGUCAGGACUCACUGUGAUGGAAAUUAAUUUGCCGACUGGUGUGAUCCCAGUCCAGGAAGAUUUAGAUAUGUAUCAAAAUGGACUUGAGUCUCAGCUUUCCAACUAUGAAAUAUUGGGUGACAAAGUCAUCCUUCAAAUAGAUUCGAUACCAUCAGAAGAUUUCUACUGUGUGGGUUUCCGUAUUCAAGAGGAAUUUGAAACUGGCAUGAGCAGAUCCUCGGUAUUCAGAGUUUAUGAAUUUAAUGAUCAAGGAAGUACUUGUAUGAAGUUUUACCACAAACAAAGCCGCAAACUGUUGCGACUCUGUGAGGGAGACCAGUGUCAGUGCAUGGCAGCGGAAUGCUGCAACUUUAAAUCCACCAUUGAUCCCACAAUCACUGCCGAACAGCGCAAAAAUGAUACGUGCAAAGAAAGCAUGAAAUAUGUAUUUAAAGUGUUAAUUGAAUCCUCUGAGGCAAGUGGAGAUUUCAUGACUUACAAAGCAAAAGUCAAAGCAGUGCUAAAAAAAGAACAAACGGACGACUUAAAAACAGAUUCAGAGAUAGAUUUUGUGAAGAAGGCAACCUGCAUUGAAACAAAUUUCGAAGUUGGCAAGCAGUAUCUGGUCAUGACUUCUGAGAGUAUGAAGAUACGAGUGGAUCAUUCUUAUAAGUAUAAGUUUCCUUUGGACUCACAUGCUUGGGUGGACUGGUGGCCACUUGAAUCUGACUGCAGGAAUGCUGCCUGCAAACAAUACGCCACAGUGUUGGAUGAUUUUGAAUUUGAUUUCUUAUUAUUUGGCUGUGAUAAAUGAUAAAUUGCAAUGCCAAUAAAAGAGAUAAUCCUUA